UAAAGGUUACUUGCUUUUACUGGUUAUAAUAAUAUUGAAAAAUUUGAAUACUUAUUGCGCCAACUUGUUUAUGUAAACAGAGACACAGCUGACGCUUUUCCUGAUUUUGUCUGUUAUCAAUAAUGUUGACUACGAUACCGCGACCGUUCGCAUCGGACGAUAUUUAACGUCAUUGGGCAUUUUAUACUGUACCUUGACAGUAUCGUUACGUAUAAAUCAAAAGGAAAUUAAUAAAGUAAUUAGUGUAUGAUUAGCUGAGUAAGGUACUGAAUAGUAAUAAUACCGAUCAUGGUAAAAAUGAAAUUGUUUUUUGCACUCGGACUAUUAUUUAGCUUUCUUGCGAAGGAUUCCUUGGGAUUAUCGCCGGUUAUAUUAAUACCGGGCGAUGGUGGAAGCCAACUUGAGGCAAGAUUAAAUAAAACCAAUGUAGUGCACUACAUUUGUGCUAAGACGUCUACGGAUUACUUCAACAUAUGGUUAAACUUGGAGCUGUUGGUACCCUUUGUGAUCGACUGCUGGGUGGACAACACAAGAUUGGAGUAUGACAAUGUAACAAGGACCACCAGGAACCCUGAGGGUGUAGAUAUUCGGGUUCCGGGGUGGGGAAACCCGGAGCCAGUAGAGUGGCUGGACCCCUCACACGACAGUACUGGCGCAUACUUCAAUACAAUUGGCGAUGCUCUUGUUAAACAAGGGUAUGUUAGGAAUGUAUCUUUAAGAGGUGCCCCUUACGAUUUUAGAAGAGCACCAAAUGAGAAUGGUGAAUUUUUUGUCAAACUAAAGACCUUAGUUGAAGAAACAUAUACAAUGAACAACAAAAGUGCAGUUACGCUGCUCGUACACAGCAUGGGCGGCUCAAUGGCACUGCACUUCCUACGGCAGCAGAAUCAGUCCUGGAAGGAUCAGUACAUCCGGAGGCUCAUCUCACUCUCGACCCCCUGGGGUGGGGCGGUUAAAGCACUUAAAGUGUUUGCUAUAGGCGACGACUUAGGUUCAUCGAUGCUUAGUCAGAGCACGAUGCGCCUGGAGCAGGUGACGUGCCCGUCGCUGGCGUGGCUGCUGCCCUCGCCGCUCGUGUGGCGUCCCGACGACGUCCUCGUGCAGACUGACAAGUUCAACUACACCAUUGAACAUUUCGAGAAGCUCUUCACCGACAUGGAGCUGCCUACUGCGUGGGAGAUGCGCAAGGACACGGAGCGGUACGCGCGUGACGUCACCGCGCCCGGCGUCGAGCUGCACUGCAUCUACGGCUACAACCUCACCACUGUCGAGCGCCUGGUGUACAAGCCGGGGUCGUGGCUGGACGGCGCCCCGCAGCUGGCGGGCGGGGACGGCGACGGCACCGUCAACCUGCGCUCGCUGGAGGCCUGCGCGCGCUGGGGCAAGGCGGCCGGAGCGCGCAAUGCACGCAGACCCGUCAAGCUGGUGCCCCUGUCCGGCGCUGAGCACCUCCGCAUCCUGCACGACCCUCGCGCCCUGCAGUACAUACUCACCGUGCUGCAGCAUUGACUCAGACUACCCGCAGUUUGAUCACCGACGCUGUGUAUAGUUACAUCGCUUGCCUUUGAUGCUCUUAGCUUUAUAUAGUGCAACAUUCAAUCGAAACAAAUAACACGUAGACAAACUAAUUUUAUCUAUUUUAAGUAUAACUUUAAUAUUUAAAAGAUAUUAAGGGAAAAUGAACAUAAGUAAAUGCUCUCUUUGCUGCAAUUUUGCUCUCUAAAAUAUUGUUAUAGAUUCAAUUCAAUUAUAAUUUAAUAAAUAAGAUAUAAAAACGAUUUAAUUCUCUGACCUUGAAAUGCGUUAAUUUCUUCAUAAGAUAAAUAUACUCGUAUUAAAUAGUUCUCUUGCAGAUAAUAUUUAGUAUGCGUUAGUCUUCCAUGUGAUAGAAAAACCAUAUUAUUUACAUAAUGUUUAGAUUGUCCUUAGUUUGAUAUUUUAUGGACUAGCGCCAUCUGUUGAAACUAAAC